ACGAAGUGUGUUCGGGUGGAUCAGAGAAGACAGUGAAGGAAGGAGAACGAAUCAAAGCGUCCGCUGGAAGCGCGCGCUGCAGCAGUGCUACAUGUAACAUUGGGAAUGAGCGUCUGCGUAAUACAGAAGAAUCCUGCGGAGCGGUAACGCAACAGAGGAUUUACACCAUUUGCACUUAUUUAGACUUUGGUCGCUUUUUUAAAUAAUUUUUACCAGGAUUCAUUUUAAAGGAACGGUUUUUAAGACGCAGUUUUACUCCGAGAUGGCUGACAGCAAACAUCAAGUGCUAUUUUGUAACGAUUCACCGAAAAGAGUUCUGGUGUCCGUGAUCAAGACGACUCCCAUCAAACCCAGAGCCGCGGACUCUCUCAUGCCCACCAGUCCCGGUUUCAGUGACUUUAUGGUUUAUCCGUGGCGCUGGGGGGAAAACGCGCAUAAUGUCACAUUGAGUCCCGGAUCGGUCAGUGGAACCGGGUCACCCACCCGAAGCAGCAGUUCACCUGCCGAGACAGAUGUCAACUCCAGCCCGGACCCCGAGAGCCUGAAGGAUGGCAUCCGUCGUGGACGUCCGCGAGCAGACACAGUCAGAGAACUGAUCAACGAGGGCGAGAACUCCUCCAGCCGCAUCCGCUGCAACAUCUGCAACCGGGUGUUUCCCAGGGAGAAGUCCUUACAAGCCCACAAACGGACACACACGGGGGAACGACCGUACCUUUGUGAUUAUCCAGACUGUGGAAAAGCGUUCGUCCAGAGCGGGCAAUUGAAAACCCACCAGCGUCUUCACACUGGAGAGAAACCCUUCGCCUGUUCGGAGAAAGGCUGCUGUAGCCGGUUUACACACGCAAACCGCCACUGUCCUAAACAUCCAUACGCCAGACUGAAGCGAGAGGAGCCCGCGGACGGACCGGGGCAGACACAUGGAGCUGAUAACAAAGCCGUUGCUGAAUGGCUGGCAAAGUACUGGCAGACAAGGGAACAGAGGACAUCCACUCCGGUGAAAGGCAAGAGUAAAAGCCUUCUGGAGGACCAAGAGCAACAGGACCCUUUGGAUUUUCUGCCGUCUGAUGAAGGUGAAGAUGAGGAACCGGAUGAUGAGAAGAGCGCUGGAGGCGGGACAGCCCACCGGCGUCUGCAGGAACAAAGGGAACGACUCCACGGUGCACUCGCUCUCAUCGAGUUAGCCAAUAACCUGUCUGCCUGAGAACUUGUCAAAUGUAUUCAGCUUAUUAUCAGCUUCUGUAAAAUCCAGUGUUUUAUGGGGUGUUUUUAAGCAGUUCUGUGGUUGACGUCGUCGUCCAUCAUUUUGCUCACAUUUGUGACCCCCUGCACUUCUUAAAUUAGUGCCGCCAGGGUUGAUAUAAGCUACAAGCACCUUAUUUUGCUUUCUGUUGUACCUUUAGGCUGCUAUGAUGGUAGAUAUUAUCAUUAUAUGAAGAAUGUUGUUGUCGUUGUGUUUAUUGUUUUGUUCAUUUCUUGGCUUAUCGAAGAGGUAAGACGUGUCUCGUUCGUUUGGUCGUGCACUUUGUGGUAACGAGUGUUUUUGUGGGUGGAGUUUUGUAUGUGACAUUAAUAUGUGAGUGUUCAAGGACUUGUGUGUGUUUUGAGCGGCCUGCUAAAGGUUAAGACCUUUUUAUAGCAGAUUGACUAAAAACAUGCUCUGAGACGAGAGAAAGGACAAGAGACUCAUGUCUGGUUUUCUUUAGCCUUCUUUCUCCCCAUCACAUGUCCGCUGUCACCUUUAAUCAUGUAUUUAUUCUAUUUAAACCAGUGAGAGUAGCUUCUCUAGAGCGCCACCUGCUGUCAGCUGUAGACUCAGUUCAAGCUUUGCAAUAGCAUUGACAAACUAACCGGCUUUAAACGGGCAGCGUGAAACGCUCCAUCUGGCGGUACACCUAUGUUCAAGGGUGAACAUAUAAACUGAAGCACUUACGAUAUUAAUCCAGUGAUGUUUCUCACUUUAGUAGUUCAGCUUGAGGACGGUGAUGUUGGCUUCCAAAGAGUGAUGAUGAUGAUGAUGGAAUGAGAUUCUGGGUGUAAAUGAGGAACCAAGCAGCUCUUCAUCCAGACACAGAGUUCUGCUUGUUGAUGCUUUUUUGAUCACUAUUCUGUUAAAUAAUCUGCAACACUAAAUUCUGUUCGAAUAUCAUCAGUGAUGAAACGUUCAUGUUCAUUUGGUUUAAAAUGAAACUUUCUGAUCAAAAUGCAGUGUUCUGGAACUUUGUGUUCAGUGCUUUUAGUUUGGCGUCCACAAAACUGGAAACCUAUUCAAGUUCCUCAGGAUUGACGUUUUACACACAUAGCUAAAAGUUUUGUGGUUUCACUUCAAAUCUUAGUAAUAUAUACUGCAAAUCCUUCGGAAAGCUGUGUGUAACGUUCCUUCACAAACUGAUCCCGGGUGAUCGUUACGAAUAUGAUGACAACAGAAUGUAAUCGUUUUGAUUUUGACAUGAUGUUUGUUGUACUGAAAGGUCUUUUGUAAAUAUGUAAGUGGGCUUUUAUUCACCCUCAUAGGCCAAACUGUGUUUAGCACUUCAAGUCUUCAUUAAAUCAAUAAUAUGAAUCA